ACAAGAACAACAAGAACAAGAACAAGAACAACAACAACACAACAGCCAACAACAGGAGCAGCAUCCCCAACAAGAUGUGGAUCCACAACAUCAGAAGGUGGAACAGGAACAGGAACAGCCAAGGGAUGUGGAAAUGAUGCAUCAAAAUCAGGCGGAUGAUGGUGAAGACACACAAAAAGAACAACAACCUCUACAGCAGCACCAUCACACGGAUCAACAAUUGGAGACGGAUAUGGAACUGGAUCCGGACCUAGACUUUGAACAGGAUGAUAUGGAGGACAUGGAAUACGAGGAUGAAGAAGAUGUCGAAGUCGAUGUGGAUUUUGAUGUCGAUGAAGAGGUGGUGGGCAACGACAACGAGGAGGAGUUAGAGGAAGAGGAUGAGGAUGAAGACACAGAUGAUGGCACCAUUGUCGAGGACAGUGAUGCCACCAGUUGCAGCAGUUGUCGUCGCGCCGAAUUGGAGGAGCUGCAGCAGCUUCAACAACAGCAACAGGAGGAGGAGGAGCUACUUCAACAACAACAACAACAACAACAACAACAGCAGCAGCAGGAACUGGGGCCAGUGGCAGCGGUACCUGCUGCUGUGGCUCCACCUCCAGUUGCACCUGAUCAGGAGGACGACGACGACGAUGACGACGAGGAGGAGGAAGAACACGAAGACGAGGAUCUGGAUGUGGAUGUCGAUGUCGAACUGCCAUCAGAACACGGUGCCUAGGAUCCUACACAACACUUAUGGUUCCAUAUACGCAAAUCAAUCUCCAAAACGCACACACACACACACACACACACACCACAGCAGAAUGUUCGUCCGUGUGUGGCAUGGUGCAAAUGAACGAAAUACCAAAAAUUUGUUGCUUUGGUAUUUCGAUCAUUGAUUGAUCCACACGAAUCACAGACACAGAGACACAAGCAUCCAACAUUUUGGAAAAAAUAACUUUUUGCAAAACACACACGAAUACACACACCCAAAAUACACCGCUAGAUAGAUCCGAUUGUAUAUUUAUUAUAGAUGAAGAUCGUAGUAGGACCAACGCCGUUUUAUCAUCAUUCCCCCAUCCGGCAACAAGCACCAACACGAUAUAUACACACACACACACACACACACACACACACACAUGCAUUUCCCCCUAUUA